AUGGUGGAGAAUCAUCAAAGUCCAACUCGUCAUAAUACACCGAGAGAACGUCGAUCUUCUUCAAAUUUACAAAUAUCAACAAAAUCUCUCUCUAGACCACAAUCAGUCUACACUAAUAGCAAUUCCCCUAGUCUUAAUCCAUUAAGAACUCCCACUAGUCCUAAUCCCCUAAGAACCCCCACUUCACCAAUAGGAAAAAUUAUAAAGAAAGGAAUUUCAUCACCAAGGCCACAGCUUGAUAAAGUUAUCGAAGAUUCAGCACUUAAGAUUACACUUCAUCCUUCAAAUGAUAAUCAUCGACCACCCCAGAAUACUCAUGUUGCCGCGUGGAUUACUGAUGUAUCAAAACAAGCGUUGACUGUCGAACCAGCAAAAACCGAACGACAUAGUCAUCGACGUCGACAAUCAAAUGUUGAACGAAUCAGCGCUCGAAGACCAAAUUCUGCAUUAAUUCAUGAUGAACUACCCACUCGACAAGAUUCUGGAUGGGCAAAAGACACUUUGUUGGCAUUGAGUGAAGAUUAUCAACCACUUUCCAAUCUAAUAAAUAAUAGUUACCCGAGUCCAACUACGCCUCCACCAAAAGGACCCGGUGAAUUCUAUAUGAUUAAUUCAGGAAAUCGUAAUGGAAGCAGCUCUUCACUUAAUAAAGUAUUCCCAAAACGUCAUCAUGGUGAUCAAGUGAAAUCAUCUUCAUCUCAUCACCGCGUUUCUAAUCACAACAAAAGUUUUCAACGUCCAGAUAGUAGUGGAAGUGAAAUAUGGCGAGGACAUCGUCGUGAGAAUAGCAGUGGAAGUAGUGCAGGCAGUCAUCGUAGUUAUCAUGCUAGUAGUAGUAAUAAUUCUGCUGUUCAAAUGAUGCAUCCUCAAGGAAUGAGAUCCCGUGAUUCUUUGAACGCUGGCUUCUCUAGCAGUUCGUCGUCGACUCCAAUCAAUCCUCGUCGACGUACUUCCAUGGAGAACGUUUCUAAUCGUGGAUCUGUUUAUAUUUCUCAACAAUCAAAACAUCGUACUCGAUGA